GUUCAACUUGUGAUGCUGCAACAUGCGAGGAUAUUCAAAACCUGUAAAGUUAGGGAGAUUGUGAUAAUCAAAUCUGUCAAUUUAAAUAAAAUAACAUCUACACUCAAUUGUGCCAUCAGUUUCACUGUAGUACCUUGCACACAAAAUGAACAUAAAAAUAUGCUGGUGAUACUUGUAUGUACGAUGCAACUAUAAAAAUUCACAUAUUGUAAUAUCAAAGUUGAUACUAAAUUUGAUAAUUGCACUUAUACAUCAGGUGUAUUUGACUAUUGAGAUUAUAAAUGCUUUGAUAUUACUGAUUCAACAUCAUAAAUUUGAUUUGAUUAGGAGCUUUUGAUAGGAAAUAAACAUAUAUUUUAGAAACCUUUAUAAUCCAACUUAUGGUUGUGCUAAAGUUUCAGCAUCAGGAAAAGAUUAGAAAGCCUAUUGUAAUUAUUAACAUCCUUAUAAAGGUAUAAAUGAAUGUGCC